AUGAGCUCUCUAGUUUCAGAUAUGGAGAAGAGUUCCUUACUCUAUUUUGGGUACUCGUGGAGAAGUAAGAAGAAGAGAUCUCUGAUGAAACGAGUUACGUCGCCAGAAGCUUUGACCAGUGCUCGUAAGGAAGAGGAAGAAGAGAGCGUCGCGAAGUCUCGGCCUGUGAUGUUGAAUGUCUAUUCUAGGAGAAGGAAGAAGCAACCGAGAGCUGAUGAUGAUAACGAAGACUCAUCUGUUGAUAGGAAUCCGAAGAGGAUGAAGACAUUGGAGGAGGAGUCGAGAGAUGAUAAGAAAGAAGAAGAAGAUGAGGAUGACUGUACAUUGAGUCAUUGGAUUAGUGAGAAGAAGAAAGCCAAAGAAGCUGCUGAGGUUAAACCUGAGAGGGUAACGGCAAUGUGUUGCUUUGUGAGAGCGGAACGUUUUGAAGAUGAGAAUAAGAGCUCUGAAGUCGCCAGUACAAGUAAAAAGAGAGUGAGACGACGCAAAGUGAUACUUGAUGAUGAGGAAUGGGAUGAAGAAUCUGAGCUGAAGAAGUCUAAGACCAAGGCAACAACAUCUUCUCGAAGAAGACGCUCUGAGAGAGGCUCCAAGAGUCCAGAAAACGUCACGGAUGUUGUUAGUUGUUCUCGCUCGCAUUCUUCGGCUUCAGAAGUCUCUGAUUCUCUUCUGAAAACCAAUGACUGCACGAGCAUGAAAACUACUUCAAAGGAGUCUAAGAAGCGUCGUGCGUUUUGCCAUCAGUGCUUGAAAAGGGAAAAUGUAAUUCUCAUCAUUUGCAGUGAAUGUGAAGAGACUAUGUAUUGUGUUCAGUGUAUCAAGAAAUGGUAUCCAAAUCUAUCUGAGGAUGAUGUCGUUGAGAAAUGUCCUUUCUGCUGCAAAAACUGUAACUGCAGCAGAUGCUUGCAUUUGAACGGUUUAAUACAGACAUCGAAGAGAGAGCUCGCGAAUGCUGAAAGACGCGACCAACUCCAGUACUUGAUUGCGUUGAUGCUUCCGUUUCUGAAUAAGUUCUCCGAAUCACAGAGUCAAGAGAUUGAAACUGAGGCAAAGAUUCAAGGAUUAUUGCCUUCUGAAGUUGAAGUUACUCAAGCUAUAAGCUACAGUGACGAACGUGUUUACUGUAAUCACUGUGAGACUUCAAUCGUUGACUUGCAUCGAAGCUGCUCAAAGUGCUCUUACGAGCUUUGUUUGAGAUGCUGUCAAGAGCUUCGUGAAGGGACUUUCUCACAACACCCUGAGAUUAAGUUUCAGUAUGUUGAUAAAGGAUACAGAUACAUGCAUGGUUACAACGUGGACUUUCUUGCUCUUGACGACGACGAGGAAGAAGAAGAAGCUAAACCAUUAUCCUGGGAAGCCAAUUCUAAUGGAAGCAUAACUUGUCCACCAGAAGAGCUCGGUGGUUGUGGUGGUGAUUGUAUCUUGGAGCUUAAACGGAUCAUACCGGUGACGAGGAUGGCAGAUUUGGAGCAAAAGGCAGAGACUUUCUUGGCUUCUUACGAUAAGAGCCCUAGAGUGUCAAACUGUAGCUGCUCUUCUGACUCCAUGGAGCCUGACAAGAAGAGAAAAGUAGCUUCGAGGACAGGAUCCAACGACAACUACCUCUUCUGUCCUGCAUCUCUCGACGUCUUGAAGAAAGAAGAGCUUCUUCAUUUUCAAGAACACUGGUCAAAAGGUGAGCCGGUGAUCGUCAGAAACGCUCUUGAAACCACACCUGGUUUAAGCUGGGAGCCGAUGGUUAUGUGGCGAGCUCUAUGCGAAAACGUGGACUCAUCAACAGCAGCGGCAGCGAGUGGCUCCAAGAUGUCACAAGUUGUUAAAGCGAUUGAUUGUUUAGCCAACUGUGAGGUGGAGAUCAACACUCGUCACUUCUUUGAAGGUUAUACCAAAGGAAGAACGUAUGAGAACUUUUGGCCUCAGAUGUUGAAGCUUAAAGACUGGCCUCCUUCUGAUAAGUUUGAAGAUCUGUUGCCUCGUCACUGCGACGAGUUUAUCUCUGCGUUGCCUUUCCAAGAAUACAGCGAUCCGAGAACCGGGAUUCUCAACAUUGCAGCAAAGCUCCCUGAAACACUUAUCAAACCGGAUUUGGGUCCGAAGACUUAUAUUGCCUAUGGGGUUCAAGAUGAGCUCGGUAGAGGCGAUUCCGUGACUAAGCUUCACUGUGAUAUGUCAGACGCGGUGAAUCUUCUGACGCAUACUGCUGAAGUAACGUUGAGUCAAGAACAGAUAUCUGCAGUCAAAGAUAUAAAACAGAGACACAGAGAACAGAACAAGCUUGAAGAAGAACAGGGCGGUGAAGAUAGCGUUAGCCAAGAGGAAGAAGAGUUGAACAUGCCAGAGGUUCUAAGCAAUGGAAAUGAGCAGAGCCGUGAAGAAACGGGAAGUGCUCUUUGGGACAUAUUUAGGAGAGAAGACGUUCCCAAGUUAGAAGAGUAUCUAAGAAAGCAUUGCAGUGAGUUUAGGCACACUUAUUGUUGUAAAGUCACAAAGCUUUAUCAUCCAAUUCAUGACCAAUCAUGCUAUUUAACCGUAGAGCACAAGAGAAAACUCAAGGCGGAAUUUGGGAUUGAGCCGUGGACAUUUGUGCAAAAGCUAGGAGAAGCUGUGUUUAUUCCUGCGGGAUGUCCUCAUCAAGUCCGGAAUCUAAAGUCAUGUACAAAAGUGGCGGUUGAUUUUGUGUCUCCGGAGAACAUCAAUGAGUGUCUGCGUCUGACUGAAGAGUUUCGCCAACUUCCUAAGAACCAUAAGGCCAGAGAGGACAAACUUGAGAUAAAGAAGAUGGUAAUCUAUGCGAUCGAGGAAGCUCUCAAAGAACAUGAGACAUUAUCAGAAGAGACCAAACCGAUGCUCCAGUAG